AUGGCAACCGCAACCGCAACCCGCACAUUCUCCAAGGCUGUUGCACGAAGCACGGCUUCGGCCACCUCGUCCCUCCGCCUCGCCGCUCGCUCCCCAAGAUCUAAUGCCGCCGCGAAACAGUUCUUCCAACAAUCCUCCCGCCGCCACUACUCCUCCGAGUCAACUCCGCCAAAAUCUUCAAACACUACCGCCAUCUAUGGCAGCGUCGCAGCCGUCGCCGCGCUCGCAGGAGGCUACUAUUAUUUCAGCACUCAAAACACUGCAGGACAAGACAAGAAGACCGGGAGCGUUUCCGUGGGCAGCGCCGGACAAUCUGCCGGCAUUUUCAAGCCUACCGCCGCGGAUUACCAGAAAGUGUACAACGCCAUUGCGAAGCAGUUGUGGGAGAGAGAUGAUUACGAUGAUGGCAGUUAUGGUCCUGUCCUCCUGCGCCUCGCGUGGCAUGCGUCGGGAACCUAUGACGCCGCCACCGGCACCGGAGGAAGCAACGGUGCAACCAUGCGCUUUGCUCCCGAGUCCGAGCACGGCGCCAAUGCUGGCUUGAAGAACGCCCGCGACUUCCUCGAGCCCAUCAAGGCCCAGUUCCCCUGGAUUUCGUAUUCGGACCUGUGGACCCUCGCUGGCGUCUGUGCUGUUCAAGAAAUGUCUGGCCCUAUCAUUCCAUGGCGACCUGGCCGACAAGACAGGGACGUCGCAUUCUGCACCCCGGACGGCCGCUUGCCCGAUGCCUCCAAAAGCCAAGACCACAUCCGCGCCAUCUUCGGCCGCAUGGGCUUCAAUGAUCAAGAAAUGGUGGCACUGUGCGGUGCCCACGCUUUAGGUCGCUGCCACGCAGACCGAUCUGGGUUUGAUGGACCGUGGACCUUCUCCCCGACCGUCUUCACAAACGAUUACUACCGCCUGCUGAUGGAAGAGAAAUGGGGUUGGCGAUCUUGGAAGGGGCCCAAGCAAUACGAAGACGCCGCGACGAAGAGCCUGAUGAUGUUGCCUACCGACGUGGCCUUGAUCAAAGAUCCGACCUUCAAGAAGUGGGUGGAGAAAUAUGCCAAGGACGGAAGUCUGUUUUUCAAGGACUUCUCGAAUGUGCUGUGCAAGUUGUUCGAAUUGGGGGUGCCCUUCCAAUCGAAGGCAGAGGAUAGGAUUCAGUUUAAGCCGACUAUCGACGAAUCUUGA